AUGGCUCAGUCGGCGGAGGACAAAAAGGCGUUUUCGGCUAUCAUAGCACGUGACAGUGAAUGCAAGGCUUGCUUUGAAUGCGGCGCGCCAAAUCCACAGUGGUGUGAUGUAAACCAUGGUAUUUUUAUUUGCCUUGACUGUAGUGGCAUACACAGGGGUCUCGGUGUCCAUCUCUCAUUUGUGCGGAGCUCCACAAUGGACGGCUGGAGUAACUGGCGGCCAGAGAAAUUGCGGCAGAUGCAGUUGGGUGGUAAUCGUCGUGCCCGAGAAUACUUUGAACGGAACAGUGUUCCUCGUGCCCCGAUUGAAGCACGUUAUACAUCUCUGGGUGCACUGCGGUAUUCUGCCAUGCUAGAAGCCGAGGCUCUCGGCGAUCGGUUUGAUGAGAAAUCAUGGAGUCCACCGGAAUGGCACGAGCGCCUAACACAGCAGGGCACGACGGGACCAGGCACCAUGCCGCCGCAAGCUCCGCAGCAACAUCACCCCUUCAGUGGCAUGGGGUCUGAUGGAAGGCAGUGGAGUGAUAAUAGUGGCGCCGGUGGCAGGGAUUGGUACAACUCGCUGGCCGGUGGGUGGGCAAAGCUCUCACAGAAGGCUACAGAGAUUGCAGGAACCGCGGGCACCCAGGCGCGUACCCUCAUGCAAGAGACGGAUUUGGGCGAUGUGAAGACAAAAUUGUCCUCUGGGUGGUGCACAAUGUCAGGCUAUGCAAACCAGCUGUCCACCAAAAUUACGAAAAUUGCGGUGGGUGAGGCCGAUGAUGGUCUGGCCGGACUGACACUCAAAGCGAAACGGGCAGGGCAAGAGGGUCAGAAUACCACUUCUUCAACACGUGGAAUAUAUGAGCAUGAUAUACAGCACCCUGUAGAACUGAUAGGUUCAGAUACUACUUCUGCGUUACAGAAAAUUCGAACUCGUCAAGGGGCGAAGCAGCAGUAA